AUGUUUGCCCCAGUUGCAAGAUUGGAGUCAAUCAGAAUUCUAUUGGCAGUUGCAUUUAUUCUUGGUUUUACACUGUUUCAUAUGGAUGUUAAAACAGCAUUUCUGAACGGGUAUCUGCAUGAAGAUAUCUACGUAGCACAACCUAAAGGUUUUGAAGACCCAGUUCAUUCGACGCAUGUCUACAAGCUAAGGAAAGCUCUCUAUGGGCUUAAACAAGCUCCAAGGACAUGGUACGAACGUCUGACACAAUAUCUGCUACAUCAUGGGUACAACCGAGGGAGUGUUGAUAAAACCUUGUUUGUUAAAACCACUGGAAGUCAUGUGACUAUAGCUCAGAUUUACGUAGAUGAUAUUGUCUUCGGCUCUACUCUACAGAAAUAUACUGAUGACUUAGUGAAGGUUAUGAAGGAAGAAUUUGAAAUGUCCAUGGUAGGUCAACUGACUUAUUUCUUAGGACUUCAAGUCAAACAGAGUGCUGAAGGCUACUUUAUCUCACAAGAAAAGUAUGCCAAGAAUUUGGUGAAAAAGUUCGAUCUGGAAUCAUGUAAAACUCCCAGAACUCCUAUCUCCACUUCCACAAAGGUAUCAAAAGAUGAUACUGGUGAGUCAGUUGAUAACACAGUCUAUCGAAGCCUAAUCGGGAGUCUGCUCUAUUUGACAGCAAGUCGCCCAGAUAUUAUGUUCAUUGUAGGGAUGUGUGCAAGAUAUCAAUCCGAUCCCAAAGAGUCACAUCUGAUAGCUGCUAAACGAAUUUUUAAAUAUAUCAAGGGCAAAAUUCAGUAUGGGUUAUGGUAUUCCAAGGACAGUGAACUCAGCCUAAGUGCAUAUUGUGAUGCUGAUUGGGCAGGGAAAAUAGAUGACAGAAAAAGUACAUCAGGUGGAUGCUUCUUUGUUGGAAAGAAUUUAGUCUCAUGGCUAAGUAAGAAGCAAAAUUCAAUCUCUCUAAGCAAUGUAGAGGCAGAAUAUAUAGUAGCUGGAGGAUGUUGCACUCAAUUGGUCUGGAUGAAGCAAAUGCUGUUAGAAUAUGGUCUCACACAACAGACUAUGACACUCUACUGUGACAAUGUCAGUGCUAUAAACAUCUCAAAGAAUCCUGUUCAACACUCCAGAACGAAGCACAUUGAUAUAAGACACCACUAUAUCAGAGACUUGGUAGAGUCAAUGGAGAUAGAAUUGGAGUAUAUUCAAACAGAUAAGCAAUUGGCAGACAUUUUGACUAAACCUCUGGAUGCAAAUCGGUUUGAGAUUCCCAGAUCUGCUCUGGGAAUCUACAGGAUUGAUAUAUAA